AUGGCCAAAGUCGACAAAACAGUGCCACUGGUUAACAAAGAAGAUGUUCUCCAGGCUUAUCGGAGGCUCCCUACAAAUGCCAAACAAGAACUACUCACUAUCAUCGAUGCACAACUCGUCUCUCGAGUGAAUGAAAUACAUAAGGAAGCGAAGAGAGAUGACAUUCUUUGCACGCGUCAGCAGCCUAAGUCUAAACGCCUCGUUGGCCUGUCAGCGUUCUACCUCUUCAACAGUACCAAACUGAUGCAAGGGAUUCUCGAUCCUUCGGGAGCUCAAGCUCUUGCCCAUGAUCGCAGCAUCAAACCAGACGUGCUUCAGCCUAAGUAUCACACAGUACUCAAUGAGACGCUGCUCCCGUUCAUUCAAGAUCGAUGUGAAGAUUUCCUUGCCAAUGCUAAGAGGAUGCGUUCAAGGAUUGUACGGCGAACUGAGUUAUGGUAUCGUCUCACAGACUUUGCCAUGGAGGACCCGAGGUAUGUGUCUGUGGAUGGCAUUGUCGCUCAAGCUCUCGAGUUCGUAAGGCGCAGAGGCAUUCAUCGCAUUGUCGUAGCCGACUGGAACUACUGCCAGGAUCUGUGUGAAGCGACUCCUGGUUGCAAGAACUAUGGUUGGGGUUCUUACUGUAAGGGUAACGGUGUCUGUUUCGGUCUGCUCGAUAUGGGAGAUGGUGAUUAUUGCUUUGAGCCCACCGAUGGAUACAACGGUGGCUACUGCAGCGACAAAGUCUACAGUCCUGUGUCCUGCCCAGUGGUUGAUAAGACUUGUGAGGAUCUUUGCGCGGAGACCCCCAAGUGCAAGAAUUCUAAGUGGGGAUCGUACUGCAAGAAGUAUGUCGAUCAGCCUGGUCCUUAUGUGUGCUUCGGAUUGUACCACUCCGACAAGCCUCAUCUCUGCUAUGAACCUUCUGAGGGUGACAAGUGUGAUGAGUCCUCACCUGUCUAUUGCCCCUCAGAAAUGGAUUAG